AUGGUGGUGGAGCUUGGAGGAGGGAAUAGAGAGAGUAGAAGCCUUGGUGGGUGUUUUGAUUGGGGCUUGGGUGGAAGAAAGACACCGCGACGACAAGUCAUUGGCUCCCCGGUAAAAUCGUACAGGGGGAUGGCGCGUGACAAGUCGUUGGUGCUUGACGAAAGAUUCCUUGACCUUGAGGUAUUCUGCCCAUGGCCAUCCCUAUUUGCAUGCCUACGUAAUGGCUUGGUCACUGCUGCUAGUGCACAAGGAUAUCCAGUAGUAGCUUAUGAGGCAUAA